AGCUCGUACUCUUGCCGUCGCAGCUUCCCUUCCUCUCUCUACUUUGACGAUCUGGUCCAUACCUCCUGGGCACUCUGGCGCCAACGAUAACAUGAGCUCGAAUGAUCUGUUCUCGUUCUUGGAUGAUGCACCGCCCGAGCCCGAGGUAGUAUCUCGAAAACCGCAAGGUGUCGGGACAGCGGACGUAACUGUUGAUGAUAAUACAUCGAAUCGACAGGCUGUGUCUCCAAACAAACGGAAAGCGGUGUCCACUUCAUCGGCUGGAACACCGCAGUCACUUGACGGAGAUGUCACUCGGGCGCAGGCCGACGAAAAUCGAGCAACGGAACCUGCAUCAAAAAAGCAGCGGACGUCGGAACCCAAGUUCCUGGUAGUCGACGACGUUGAGAUCGAGGCGAAGAGAGAGGUUGCAGCGAGCGCUGGUCUUACUGGUGCAACGGAAACUGGAAGCCGCUUGGAACUCAGGCAUCAGGUCCGACAUCAAGUAGCCGUUCCGCCUGGUUACCCAUAUGUACCAAUAUCGCAGCACAUUCCACCACAACAGCCUGCAAAAGAGUACAAGUUUACCCUUGAUCCCUUCCAGGAAGUAUCUGUCCAUGCAAUUCAACGUAAUGAGAGUGUGCUGGUGUCCGCGCAUACCAGUGCAGGGAAGACGGUCGUAGCCGAGUAUGCCAUCGCUCAAUGUCUUCAGAACAAGCAGCGUGUCAUCUACACAAGUCCCAUCAAGGCAUUGAGUAACCAAAAGUAUCGCGAGCUACUGGCUGAAUUUGGCGACGUCGGAUUGAUGACCGGAGACGUAACCAUCAAUCCAUCGGCGACAUGUCUCGUGAUGACCACGGAAAUUCUGCGAUCUAUGCUGUACCGCGGUUCCGAGAUCAUGCGUGAAGUUGCAUGGGUCAUAUUCGAUGAGAUACAUUACAUGCGGGACAAGGAGCGAGGAGUCGUGUGGGAGGAAACAAUUAUUCUCCUCCCGCACUCCGUCCGCUAUGUCUUCUUGUCUGCUACGAUCCCAAACGCGAUGCAGUUUGCAGAAUGGAUAUGCAAAUCACACGAGCAGCCCUGUCAUGUUGUCUAUACGGAUUUCCGCCCAACGCCUCUGCAGCACUAUCUGUUUCCUGCUGGCGGCGAAGGCAUUUUCUUGGUGCUCAACGAGAAGGGUGAAUUCCGAGAGGACAACUUCAGCAAAGCCAUGGGUAUGCUGCAGGAUAGAAUGGGCGAUGACCCCGCUGAUCCGAAGAGCGGCAAGGGUCGAAAGGGCAAGUCAAAGAAAGGAGGAGAGAAAAAGGGCCCUUCAGACAUUCAGAAGAUCGUCAAGAUGAUCAUGCUGAAGAAUUACAAUCCAGUGAUCAUUUUCGCUUUCAGCAAGCGCGAAUGCGAAGCGCUGGCACUCACUAUGUCGAAGUUCGAGUUCAAUACGACGGACGAGCAAGACCUCGUGACCAACAUCUUCAAUAACGCCAUCGACAAUCUUUCUCCCGACGACCGCAAACUCCCCCAAAUAUCGAACCUGCUCCCUCUGCUCAAGCGUGGCAUCGGCAUUCACCACGGUGGUCUCCUACCGAUCCUGAAAGAAGUCAUCGAGAUCCUCUUCCAAGAGGGUCUCAUUAAGGUCCUGUUUGCGACCGAGACAUUCUCCAUCGGUUUGAACAUGCCCGCGAAGACAGUCGUCUUCACCGCAGCGCGCAAGUUUGACGGCCGCGAGUUUCGCAACCUGUCGUCUGGUGAAUACAUCCAGAUGUCUGGGCGUGCGGGACGUCGUGGUCUUGAUGACCGCGGUGUCGUCAUCAUGAUGUGCGACGAGAAGCUCGAGCCGAGCUCAGCGAAGGAGAUGAUCAAGGGAGAGGCAGACCGCCUCGACUCUGCGUUCCAUCUGGGCUACAACAUGAUCCUCAACCUGAUGAAGGUGGAGGGUAUAAGCCCGGAGUAUAUGCUCGAGCGUUGUUUCUUCCAGUUCCAAGCCAGCGCAGGCAUACCGGUCCUCGAAGAUGAGCUGCGACGUGAAGAAGAGCGGAAGCAAUCGAUGGCGGUACCUGAUGAGGAGCUGGUAGCCGAAUAUUACGAGUACCGGCAACAGCUCGAUCAGAUGGCUGCCGACUUCAAAGAAGUGGUCACGCAUCCACAUUAUAGUCUUCCGUUCCUUCAGCCUGGCCGUUUGGUGAGGAUUAAGACAAAGACAGAUGAUUGGGGCUGGGGAACUGUCAUAGACUAUCACAAACGACUCCCUCCGAAGAACGUACCUGUGGCUGGGUUGGAUGACAUCCCUCCUCAUGAACAAUACAUCCUGAACGUCUUGAUCAAUUGCGACGCCUCGUCUACGUUACCAAAGGACCGCAACAUCACUACUCCAACUCCAGGAGGGGUCCGGCCUUGCCCUCCAGGCAUGCCAGGGAUACCUCUUGUGAUUCCCGCGCUUUUGUCUACCGUCGAGUCUAUCAGCCGAUUACGCAUAUACCUGCCCAAGGAUAUUCGACCGUUAUCUGCUCGAGAAACCGCUUUGAAGAGUAUACAAGAGAUUCAGCGUCGCUUUCCAGAUGGUAUCCCUCUGCUUGACCCCGUCACGGACAUGGAUAUAAAGGACGAAAAGUUCAAGGCACUUGUGAAGAAAAUUAGCAUCAUGGAAGGCAAAUUGUAUUCAAGUCCAUUACACAAGGAUCCCCGCUUGCCCGAGUUGUACACAUUGUAUGCACGCAAGCAGGAAUGUCAGGCGCAUAUCCGAGAGUUGAAGAAGCGGGUACAAGCAACGAACGAUGUGCUGCAGAUGGAGGAGCUGAAGUGCAGGAAACGUGUCCUCCGACGACUGGGCUUCACGACAUCGGCGGAUAUUGUUGACAUGAAGGGACGGGUGGCAUGCGAGAUCAGCACUGGCGACGAAUUGCUGCUGACCGAGUUGAUCUUCAACGGCGUCUUCAACCCGCUCUCACCUGAACAAUGUGCAGGACUGCUCAGUUGUUUCGUCUUCACAGAGAAGAGUGAACAAGUCACCAAGCUCAAAGAAGAGCUCGCGGCGCCGUUACGCGCGAUGCAAGAGAUGGCACGACGAAUAGCCAAGGUUUCGAAGGAGUCGAAGCUACCUGUCAACGAGGACGAAUAUGUCCAGUCUUUCAAGGUAGAACUUAUGGAUGCUGUCGUGCAAUGGUGUAGAGGCGCGUCGUUUUCCGACAUCUGCAAGCUCACGGACCAGUUCGAAGGCAACAUAAUCCGCGUUUUUCGGAGACUGCAGGAGCUCAUCCGACAGAUGAGCCAAGCAGCAAAAGUGAUCGGCAACGACGAGUUGCAGCAAAAGUUCGACAAGGCAUCGGAAAUGCUUGAACGGCCGAAUUCAGUCAUAUUCUGCUCAUCGUUAUACCUGUAGUUGCAGCUUUGUCGGUCCUUCUCGUGUGCUUGCCGGCUUUUAUGGAGAUCAUCUUUGGAAACCCUGCUUGUAUUGUUGUACAUUGUAAUCGCUGACACGCACACCUCGCGCAACUCGAGCGCAAGCUUCAACCACGCAAAUGAGGCCCCCAUAAAAAAUUCGUAAAGCUAUAGACGGGUAUUAAGAGUCCUCAGCAUGCACCAUCAUCGGUCCAGACACCCGCUGAACCCCCCGGCGUGUCUCCAGAGGUCCACCACU